UUCCGGGGAGGGGGAAGGGGGCCGGGGCGGCCGGUAGGUGCCGGCGGCGUAGCGAGCGCCCGGGCCGUUUGGGGCCGCGGCCAUGCGGGCGGGCGAGGGGCGGGUGUGGCUGCGCUGCCCGGCGUGCGGGCUGCCCGAGGCGCGGGUGCGGGCCCGGCUGGACGCGGCCUCCGACCGGCGGCGGCUGCCCGGGGGCGACGCCCCCAUCGCCCGGGCCUGGGCGUCCCGGCGGCGGGCGCAGCCCUGGCUGUUCGACGCGCCCAAGUUCCGGCUGCAGCGGGCCGAGCUGGCGGGGGCCGGGGCCGGGGGGCGGGGGCUCCUCCUCGCCCUGCGCCUCGGCCUCACCUCCUACAGGGACUUCCUGGGCACCAACCUGGGCGUCGGGGCGGCGGCGCUGCGGCGGGAGGGGGCGGCCCGCUGGGGCGACCCCCAGGCCUACAUGGCCGACCCCCUGGGCGUCGGCGCCCUCCUGGCCACGGCCGACGGCCGGCUGGUGUUGCUCAGGCGCUCCCGCACCGUGGCCGAGGCCCCCGGGAUGCUCGACGUGCCCGGAGGACACCCCGAGCCCCAGGCCGUGUGCCCCGGGGACCACCCCCGGCAUGAGGAGCUGCCCGGAGAGCUGGUGGUGAAGGAGCUCUUCUCCUCCAUCCUCCGGGAGAUUCGGGAUGAGGUCAACCUCCCCCUGGCAACGCUAAGCCCCCCUCUGCUACUGGGCAUCGUCCGCAACGAGACCAGCGCCGGCCGGGCCAGUGCCGAAUUCUACGUCAGGUGCAGUCUGACCUCUGAGCAGGUGAGGCAACUGUACCAGAUUGGAGGGCCCGAGGCCCACGAGUCCUCUGAGAUCAUCUUCCUGGAGGUGAAGGACUUGCCGCACCUGGAGGACACCCCGGAGGUGUGGGGAGAGCUGUGUCCCUCCGCCAAAGGAGCCGUCCUGCUCUACAACCUGGUGCGAGGCUCUGAGACUGAGCCCGCGGAGCAACCUGUGAAUAAAUAAUAAAGGGAUUCGUCUCUGGGAAAUCCGAACCGAGGCGCCGUGUCUCGGCCGGAGGCCUGCCCUCCGCGCUGCCGGGACCCUCCCCGCCUUCAGAGCACAACUAAGGUCGCAUCUUCUCCGUGAGGCCUUCCCCGAUUAAGCCCUCUUUUCCUCUGCUCGCUCUCCCUUCUGCGUCCUCUGUGACCUCGGGACAUCUGAUAUUCGCCCCCCCCCGUCCCCAACCCCGCAGCUCAAACUGUACGGACCUUGAAAUUAUUUAUUGUAAAUUACUUAUUCGUAUUAACGUCUGUCUCCAACUCUAGAAUGUAAGCCCGAUAUGGGUAGGGAAUGUGCCUGCUAAUUCUUUUGUAGUGUACUCUCCCAAGCGCUUAGAACAGUGCUCUGCACAUAGCGCUGUCAGUAAAUAUCAUUCGUCGACCCCCA